GAGUGGACCGGUUUAGGAUGACUAGAUGUUUCCAUCUAGACAUCAUUCGUGGCGGUUUUGCAAACAACUCAGUCCGUUAUUAGAAGGACGUGGACAAGCAGUCAAGGACAAGAGCCUUCUUUGAGAGGAGUCGAACAACAUCUCGAUCGCCUGUGUUAAUAUAAACAGCAACAAUGACAUCGACUUGGAUUCUUUCUGUGCUUGUGCUCAGCAUUGUUUGCCAAUUAUGUUCCUGUCACCCUAUCAGCGAGGGACCUACCCCUGUUGGAUUCGUAUUUCCUUCAGCACCAUGCAGCCCCGAGGUCUUGGGGAUGGAAGACGGACGUAUCCAUGAUCGCAGCCUCACGGCAUCAUCCUACUAUAGUGGCUAUUCCCCAAGCACCGCUCGACUUAAUGAAGGAAUCUAUGGAUGGAGACCAACAACUUUAGCAGAUCAGUGGAUCCAGGUCGACCUGGGUAAACCCACGGUGGUUACCGGGCUCACCAUGCAAGGAUACGACCCAGGAACCAGUCUUUAUGUCAGGAUAUUUUCAGUUCAGCACAGCCUCACAGCCGAGUCGGAUGACUGGCAGAGUUUAGCCGAUGCUGACGGUGGAGCAGUCAGAUUCACCUUGAGCAGUGGUCUGCCGACGAAUGUCACCUUUCCUGUGGUACCCUUCACAAGGUUUGUUCGCAUACUACCACUGGCCUGGGAAGAUUCCUAUUACUACGUGAGGUUUGAGGUAUUCGGAUGCCAAGUCCCCGAUGGUUAUGUGAGGUUAGUGAAUGGCACUGACGCUUGGAGUGGCCGAGUGGAAAUCUACCGUCACGAAACAGGAACCUGGGGAGCGGUGUGUGGUAAUGACUGGGGGUUUAACGACGCCAACACGGUGUGCCGUCAGCUGGACCUCGGUGCUGCAACCAAGGUCAUGACAGCCUCAGAAUUUGGGGGAGGCGACCUGCCGAUCAUGAUGAACCAAGUCGCCUGUGAGGGGACGGAGAGCCGACUGGUCGACUGCCCGUUUGUCUGCGCCAACUACCAGCAGUGUGAAAGCUCAAACGUUGCCGGAGUAGUUUGCAACCUAAAAAACACUGUUCGGUUGGAGGGAGGACCCAAUAACUUCAGUGGCCGGGUGGAGAACUUCCGAGACUUCACGUGGGGAACGAUCUGCGACCGUGACUGGGACAUCACGGAUGCCGGGGUGGUCUGCCGACAACUCGGGUUCCCCAGCGCCUUGGAGGCCAAGCCCGGAGCGCACUUCGGGGAAGGAAGUGGCCCGGUGCACAUGGAGGGCGUGGCCUGUACCGGCUCGGAGGGGGGACUCGGUGACUGCCCAUCUCACUGCUGGACAGCAACCACCUGCAGCCACAGCCAAGAUGCCGGGGUCAUCUGCAGUGGCGAAUCUAGUGGUUUUGAAGAAACCAACAGUGAGUGACGAGACUAUUGACAACCAGCUUCAUGCAGUUCCUGUGAUAGCCCUGCUUAAAGGCUACAUUUACCUGUAUUGUGGCAUACGCUUGGUAUAAAUGUUACUCCGUUGUGUAUUAAAAUGUAUCAAUUAAUUCGUGGUGUAAUCAAUUUCAUUUUGUGCCAUUUAAAUUAAUGUUGAUGUCUAGUAACUUUAAAUGAGCUACUCAAACGACUCCCAUAAUUAAGAAAAAUUCACCAAAUUUCAGGCUGACCUAAUAUGGUUUAAAGAAGGGAAAACAGAGAAAAACGAAAUUCACUCAAUACAAUGACAUUUACCUUUUAUUUCCUUUAUCGAGGACGGAUUUGGGUUCUUUUUGUUACAUAAGAACACAAGUGCAUUUACAAUCAAUAGUGCUAAUGGCCGAAGCACAUGUACUUUUCACUUAGUAGGUCACACCUUUGGAUAGAAAGAGACACAGUAUGCUUUUAUGUUUAAUUUACAUCAUAAUUUGCUCUUGCUCAAUUUUGUUUUUCGAUUUGAACAAAACGCAUGAUAAAAACAUUCACAUUCAGUUUAGUAAAAUAUAAGGCAUGUUUCAAUACAACGUGUAGCAGAAACUGCUUUGCAGUAAUUGUUUGUGAAUGUAAUUAUAAAAAUAUCUUGCUUUCUCUUUAGCUUCUCGUGGAUACUUUGUUCUUGGAAUCUACAGUCAAAAUUGCAUCUUAUACCAACAUAUUAACACAUUCCUCUCUGAUCAAAACGUUGUCACAAUUAUUUUGAAUACAACAAGAAUCAUGACCUCAUGAAUAUUCAAAAAACUAAUACUCAUGUCGGACGGCUUAUGUGUUAUUCUAGAAACAUCGAGUUAUAUUUCACAAUCAUUAAUGUUAUCAAACGUACACAGUGGCGUCGCCAAGGGGGGGCCAGGGGGGCACGUGCCUCAUUACCU